CGAAGCGCGCUUUCAGUCUCCAUCUCUCUCGCUCUCUCUCUCAUUACGGGACUUUUUUUAAAUCAAACUCUGUAUAUCGUAGUUUGGUUUUUCCUCUUAAAAGACCUGGACUUUGUACAGAAUAUCAGCACUUCAGCAAAGAAAAAUGAAAAUAUGUCUGGCACUAUGGGUUACAAUGCUAUUUUCAUGUGCCGUAAAAAGCGAACGGAGUUGGUGGAAGACUAUGUCAAUAUAUCAAAUUUACCCUAAAAGCUUCAAAGACAGUGAUGGUGAUGGAAUUGGUGACCUUAAAGGCAUCGAGAGUAAAUUGGAUCAUUUGGUUGACUCACACGUCAAUGCUUUUUGGUUAUCCCCUGUAACCACAAGCCCGAUGGUGGACAAUGGGUAUGACAUAUCUGAUUUCGUUGGAAUCGAUCCCAGUUUUGGAACAAUGGAAGAUUUCGAAAGUCUCGUUAAAAAAGCCCACGAAUUAAAACUCAAAGUGGUUCUGGAUUUUGUACCUAAUCACAGCUCUGAUCAGCACGAAUGGUUUAAAAAAAGUGUUGAGGAAAUUGAACCUUACACGGAUUAUUAUGUUUGGCAUGAGGGGCGCAAUGUCAAUGGAACUUUGGAGCCACCUAAUAAUUGGAGGAGUGAGUUCAAUGGCUCAGCAUGGACUUGGAAUGAAAAAAGAGGAGCUUUCUACUUACACCAGUUCACCAAGGAACAGCCUGACUUGAAUUACAGAAAUCAGGGACUUGUGGAGGAGAUGAAGAACGUUUUACGGUUUUGGAUGGAGAAAGGAGUUGAUGGUAUCCGAAUAGACGCUUGUCCAUAUCUUUUCGAAGAUCCAAGAUUUUUAGAUGAACCAUUAUCCGGAAAGACGACGGAUCCUAACUCCAAAGACUACACGAUACAUAUUUAUACAAAGCACCAGCAUGAAAAUUAUGAAAUGAUCCAGCAGUGGCGUGAUUUUAUAGAUGAAUACUCCGCAAAAGUUGAUCAGGUUCCCCGAGUUAUGAUCGUUGAAGCCUACGCCAACAUUUCGAGCACUAUGAAAUAUUAUAAAUAUGGCGCUGACUUUCCCUUCAAUUUUGGACUCAUGGACAUUGUAAAUUCUUCUGAAGCAAUCGACGUGAAGAACAAUAUAGAACGCUGGAUGACGAAUUUGCCUUCUGGCUCAACUCCUAAUUGGGUGGCCGGCAAUCAUGACAACUUCAGAUUGGUGUCUCGACUUGGUGUCAAUCGAGCGAUGGCAAUUACAGCAAUGGUACUUCUGCUUCCUGGAGCUGCUGUAACCUACAAUGGUGAAGAAAUUGGAAUGAUCGAUACCCCUAUUGAUUCUGAUGAUCCAGCGAGAUUUAGAGAUCCAGCAAGAUCUCCUUUUCAAUGGGAUUUUACUGUUUCAGCUGGAUUUUCAACCAAUCCAAAGACAUGGCUUCCAGUAAACAAGAACUACUUAACUCACAAUUUGUUGACUGAAAAAGCUGAUUGCGAAUCAUAUUAUAGUUAUUACAAGGCUUUGGCUUUCCUGAGAAAACUUCCAGCUGUGCAAUCUGAGUAUUUGCAGUUGGAAGUAUUGAAAAAGGACAUACUGGCAUUUGCAAGGAAGGAAAAGGGGGAGAAAUCGGUUUACGUUCUUUCCAACUUUGGUGAUCAGAUCAGAACUGUUAGUUUGGGAAUAUUCAAAAAUACUCCUGCGAUACUUUUGGUUUAUAGAUCAACUCCUGGUAUUUUGUUGAAGCCUGGGAGCCUCGUGGAAUCAUAUGAAGUCAGCAUUCCACCCAGUGCAACUAUAGUUUUGAUGGAUAUCUAAAAUCGGAAAUGUUGGAAAACCCGGUUGAAGAAAAACCUGAUUCAUAUAUCAUUAUUUCCAUAUGUAAUUAUAUUCAUAAAAUAUAUCAGUAAUCGCUUAACUUUGAAGUUUUGUUAUGUUGUAAUAAAAACUAUAGCAAGUUCAAAGUUUAAGAUUGUGACAAUCAGCACCUGAUCAAUUUCAUUUCAAAACCAUGAUUCAUACAUUUCUAAAAAAAUAUUAUUUUAUAAAAAUUCUUGGA